AUGGGAGACCUUGCCGAUGCAUUUACAGCUCUAACGCUGUAUUCAACCAAAACAGUCGGUGCGCCAGGUUUUACCAUCAGCGAAUCGACUCAAACAAAACUUCUCAAACUUUUACUGAACGAUGUCAAAAUGAGAGGUUCUGACGCGAGAUUAUCCCAUGAGAGUGCCAGUCAAGCGAUUCUAGCCGUGAAAAUCCUUGGACGAAACCCACAAGGUUCGGAUUACCUCGCAACAGAGUCAGGAUUAUCGGACCUCCUGCAUAUCGCGUCAAGUUUGAAGGAGAAAGAUCAUCUGGAUGCAGCUUGCGACGCUUUGCGAUGUAUUGCCAACGCAAUGUUGCUCUUUGAAGACAGUCGAUCGACGUUCAUAUCAGAAGAGGUUAAGGGCGGAGAAGUUUGUGUUAAGAUGUUGAAUGAAGCCACGACCUGCGAUGAGAUCUUCAUCCUAUCCAGGAUCCUUUUCUUCGCUACUGCCUCUCGAUCGCCUUUCAUUAUUUGGCUGGUAGAGGAGAGCCACAAUGGACGCACGAUUAGUAAUAUCGUUGAAGACAAGUUGGACCUGGCGUUAUCCAGAUACUUGAAGAACGACAAGGCAAAUCUGGCACGGGAGGUGAUUGCAGAUCUCCUGAAGGAGUUUAUGUUUAACUUGUUGUUAAUCUUGGAACUCUACCUCUCAUUACCUGCACCUAGCACCGAACCUACACCUCUCCACCCACCAUUAACGAAUGUGAUACAUAGUCUGAUAACCAUCCCUGUAAACAACGCUCUUCAUUCCAAAUGGUUCCACACAUCAUCUGCAGAACAACCAGAUGUCGUUCAACACACCCAAGAUCUGCUCGACAAAUCCCUCGCGUUCUACCGCUCCAAAUCCGAAUUCAUCGGGGACUUUGGUCUGUAG